GGCGGGGAGAGGGCGAGGCUGCGCAUGCUGCUGGCCUGCGAGCGUCUGUCACCCGCAGGCUCCGUGGCUCCCCGGGCGUGGGGUCUUUGUGCUUUCGGCAUCAGGGAGCGGGGGCGUCCGGUCCGGCUGCGGAGCUGGGGCAGCAUGGGACCUGGCUGAGCGUCCCCGCAGGCCGCCAUGGAGCCGGGCAGCGUGGAGAACCUGAGCAUCGUGUACCACAGCCGAGACUUCCUGGUGGUCAGCAAGCACUGGGACGUGCGCAUCGACAGCAGGGCCUGGCGCCACACCCUGACCCUGCAGGCCCAGCUGCGCCACCGCUUCCCGGAGCUGGCCGACCCCGACACCUUCUACGGGUUCAGGUUCUGCCACCAGUUGGACUUCUCCACCAGCGGGGUGCUCUGCGUGGCCCUGAGCAAGGCGGCUGCAGCCAGCGCCUAUAAGUGCUUCAAGGAGCGGCGUGUCACCAAGGCCUACCUGGCCCUGGUUCGGGGACACAUCCAGGAGACUCGAGUGACCAUCAGCUACGCCAUCGGCCGGAGCAGUGUGGAGGGCCGGACACACACCAUGUGCAUCGAGGGUUCACCAGGCUGUGAGAACCCCAAGCCCAGCCUCACCGAGCUGGUGGUCCUGGAGCACGGGCUGUAUGCUGGGGACCCCGUGUCCAAGGUGCUGCUGCAGCCCCUCACAGGCCGCACACACCAGCUGCGAGUGCACUGCAGUGCCCUAGGCCACCCGGUGGUGGGCGACCUGACCUAUGGGCCGUCGACAGACCAGGAGGCUCAGCCCUUCCGCAUGAUGCUGCACGCACUGUACCUGCGAGUGCCCACACAGGCCGAGCGCGUGGAGGCCUGCACCCCUGACCCCUUUCUGCCCACCCUCGAUGCCUGCUGGUGCCCCCACACCCUGCUGCAGCCGCUAGACCAGCUCAUCCAGGACCUGCAAGAUGCCCCUGACCCCCCACCCGCCGAAAGGGCCUCUGGACCUGACCGUUCCCUGCCACGCCCUGUCCGAUGCCCUGAAACUGAAGCACAGCGGGCCUCUUGCCUGCAGUGGCUGUCAGAGUGGACACUGGAGCCAGACAAUUGAGAGGGCAGGUGCUCCUGGGGACUGCAGGCACAGCCCCGGCACCUUCACACAGAACAGUUGGCUGGGCUCCCAGGAUGGUCCUGGCUGGGCCAGCGAGGCGCUCUCAGGCCAGCAGGGGGAGCCCAGAAGCCACGGAUGGACAUAGUGCCCCCUCCCAGAGCCACUGGCACCCCCCCAGCCCUGCUCUGCCCUCUGUCCACCUCCUCAACCGCUGCACCUGGACUCCGAUGUGCCCUGCAAUGUGCCUUUGCUUCUGCUCAGCCUGCCCAUGCUAGGCAUUCUUGGGGGUGGCUAUGGGUCACAGCCAGAAAGCCAGGGUGGGCUGGCUCCCGCCUUUUCCCUGUGACUCACUGCACUGCCCCCCUGCUGCAAGACUGAGAAUAAAGACGAA